ACUUCUUAAAGCCACUUCCUGUGUCUCAGCUUUCUCUCUCUCCAGUUAGUGGUGGUGUGAUGAGGCUGGGUAGUUGAUAGAUCCUAUAGUUCAACUCUGUUCCUAGAUACACUAGAAGAUGGAUUCAUCUGACACCAGAAAAAUGAAAUUUCAGGAGGCCAGAACUGGAUAUCAGUUUUUUUUCUAGAAACUUCUUUCCCAGCCUUGAAACUCUUGGGUGCUGUAAGUCCUGGAUAUACAACAUGCCAUCUGCAUUUUUCUUUUAUGUAUGAAGAUGAAGAUGAUUCUUCAAAUUAAGAGGGUAGCUGACUUCUCAUCAGAAUCAUUUACAGAAUCAACUUGCAAAAAAUAUAAAAGGCUGCAAACAAAGGAAAAAGGCUUGGUAUCCGUCAUGUUGCCGAUUCAUUGGAUUGCAUCUUACAAAUUCAUACUGGACUCACAUCAUCCGGAAAGAGGACUACAAAAAACAGCAUUAAGGCUUAUCUCCGGAGGACCCCUCCUCAGUCGAAAUCACGCAGUUAGUACAGAUCAGGAAAAGUAACAGGACUCAUUUUGGAAUCUAGGACCUCAAUAUCUGUUAUGUCUUUGUGUGAAGACAUGCUGCUUUGUAAUUAUCGAAAAUGUCGCAUCAAACUCUCUGGUUAUGCAUGGGUCACUGCCUGCUCUCACAUUUUCUGUGAUCAGCAUGGCAGUGGCGAGUUUAGUCGUUCACCAGCUAUCUGCCCUGCCUGCAACAGUACCCUUUCUGGAAAGCUAGAUAUUGUCCGCACGGAACUCAGUCCAUCAGAGGAAUAUAAAGCCAUGGUGCUGGCUGGUCUUCGACCUGAGAUUGUGUUGGACAUUAGCUCCCGAGCACUGGCCUUCUGGACAUACCAGGUACAUCAGGAGCGUCUCUAUCAAGAAUACAAAUUCAGCAAGGCUGAGGGCCAUCUGAAGCAGAUCGAGAAGAUAUAUACUCAGCAAAUACAAAGCAAGGAUGUAGAAUUGACCUCUAUGAAAGGGGAAGUCACCUCCAUGAAGAAAGUGCUAGAAGAAUAUAAGAAAAAGUUCAGUGACAUCUCUGAGAAACUUAUGGAGCGAAAUCGUCAGUAUCAAAAGCUCCAAGGCCUCUAUGAUAGCCUUAGGCUACGAAACAUCACUAUUGCUAACCAGGAAGGUACCCUUGAGCCAUCCAUGAUUUCACAAUCUGGUAUUUUUGGCUUCCCAUUAGGGAACAAAUCCAAGUUUCCUUUGGACAGUACACCAGUUCAAAAUCGUGGUGGUGGAGAUGGAGAUUUUCAGUUCAGACCAUUUUUUGUGGGUUCUCCCACAGCACCCGAACCCAGCAACAACUUUUUUAGUUUUGCAUCCCCAAGUCAUGAAUUAGAGCAACAAGCCUCUAGCAGGGCCUUUAAAGUAAAAAGAAUUUAAUUUACAGAUUGUUUUCCUGUUUAGUUUCAGUGACUUCAUUUAGUAAAUAAUCUUUGUUUUAGAUAGGAGUCACCAACUUCUCUGUGUGCUAUUAAGUCUUUAAAGUUGUCUUCACACUUUUAAGAAACUCAGUGGCACUGAGGAUGGCUUUAGAAUCUGAUUUCUUCUUCUGUUUCCGUUAUUUAAGAGCAUGAGCAUUUUAUUAAACUCAAUUUCAUUGUGAGCCUUUGCGUUUUUGCUAGUAGUGGAAAGAUUACAAUAUUAUUGGGUGUUUUGUAGAUCACAGUAUGUUUCUGUCUGAGCUAUUUCUGACUGAACUAUAUGUUUAUGCAUAUGCAUGAAAGCACCUAUAUUAUAUACUAUAUGUCACUUUGGGUUUUGGCAUUUAUGCCUAUAUAUAUAUAUUCACUUAUGUUGAUAUUUUGCUAUAUUUGCUAGUAAAUUUAUGUGAAGAUUUUGGCCUCAGGAAAUAGUAAGGCGUGUCUGCAGUUAUUUGUGUUUAUACAUUCAUUUCUAUAUGGUUAUGUAUUUGCCUUUGUAUUAACUUGUAUGGAGUGUUUGUGCUUAUGUCAGUGAAUGAGAGUACAAUUUGAUGUACAUAUGAUCAGUCCUUAUUUCUACUUAAAAAUAGUUUACAUUGAUAAAGUUAUUUUGUGAAGUUGAUUUUUGACUUUAUUUAAAAAUAAAAUUGCUCUUUC